GAACAGGCAAGGCUGUUGCAUAGAAGAAUUCGGCGCGAGAAAGGCUGGGUAGAUUGAGAUUGGACUCGCAGCACUUCGUGGAGAUACCUCUGCCUUUUAGACUUCAGCUGAAAUGGACUCCUCUAGUGAUAUCCAGGUGAAGGAGCUGGACAAGCGGGCCUCAGGCCAGGCCUUUGAGGUGAUCCUGAGCCCCUCGGCCCCGGAUGCCAAAGGAGAAUUCCCCCUGUCCCCCCCAAAAAAGAAGGACCUGUCUUUGGAGGAGAUUCAGAGGAAACUGGAAGCAGCUGAGGAGAGGCGCAAGUCCCAUGAGGCGAUGGUCCUGAAGCACCUGGCGGAGAAACGGGAGCACGAGAAGGAGGUGCUGCAGAAGGCCGCGGAGGAGAACAACAACUUCAGCAAGAUGGCAGAAGAGAAGCUCAACCAGAAGAUGGAGGCCAACAAGGAGAACCGCAACGCCCGCAUGGCAGCGCUCAACGAGAAGUUCAAGGAGAAGGACAAGAAGCUGGAGGAGGUGAGGAAGAACAAGGAGACCAAAGAAGGAGAGAACUGAGUUCCACGUGUCUCCAGCGUCUGUAGGGUUUUUUACGUAUCCAAAGAGUAUGUGUUAUUUUUAUUUUGUAUGUUUUUUUUGUUAGUUUGUUUAACGGUCAGUAUUUUGGUUUUGUUCACUGUCCGCCUCGUUACACAGGAGGAGAGGUAGAGGAAAUCUACAAGUUCACAAGUUUCUUCUUCUUUGGGGUGGGGUUGGGUCUCCUUGGUUGUACCUUUCAUGACUUUAGGUGUGGACAUUCCUUUUUGUGUUCAGGGUUCCAUUUCUGUAUCUCUAGUUAUGUCACAGCUUUUUGACCUUCAGAACAAGCAGUGUUUACUGACUAAAAAAAUGAUAAUAAAAAAAGCAUGCAUGUUAUGCAUAGGUCUGUAACAUUGUCUGUUGCAUAGUGCAAGUUUAAUCUGUGCUUGUGUAAUGUCAAACUGCUGUUCUCUGGAGUUUAAUAAAAGCAUACAUUCGUUUGUUU